AUGAGUACAACAACAACCAGAAUAAAAAAAACUGUUAAUGGUGGUCCUAUUAUGACUAAUGGAACACCAUCUCAAUCCUCAAGAACAACUUCAAGUGAAAGUGAUAAAAGGGUUCGUAAAUUAUGGUGGUCACCUAAACGAAAUCAAGUUGAAAUACGUUCUGAAGAUAAUAAAUAUAAGCAUGUACCAGCUAAAAUUGGUUCAUUUGCCAAUAUUCAAUAUCAACCUGGUGGUGGUCAAGUAUCUAUAAGAGAUGAAGUUUUACAAUGGCAAUCAUCAUCGAAAAUCGGCUCACUUGCGAAUGCUAAUUGGUCUCCACCACCACCACGUGUUACUGUUCGAACAGAAAAACUGAAAUGGGAUGUUCAACCUAAAAUUGGUUCAUUGAAUAAUAUUGAUCAUAAACCUGCUGGUGGUAAUGUAGCAAUUCGUGAUGAAAAAAUUGAUUUAAAUCAUGUAGCGCCGCGUGUGGAUUGUGGCUUUGUUGAUUAA